GGAAGCGCGGUGCCCGGAAGCCGGGGCAGCGGCAAGAAGCGGAAGGGAGCGUGGCGGCCGCUCACAGCUUCUAGAAUUGGUGAUAUUUAGUGCAUCCAAGAAAUGCUUGUUUCUUCAUUCCCCAGUGAGGAAGUCUACCGUACCCAGCUGAACCUAAAGCGCUGACUAGGGAACCUUAGCCUGGCCUCCUCCUCCUGACACUGGCUUUUUCUAUAAAAUGGGAAUACUUAUUGCAAUCCUUGGAAUCUGGUUCAGCUCAUCACUUGCCAAAGGAGAUUCUAAGGCUGUGACAACAUCUCUAACUACAAAGUGGUCUUCAACUCCUUUAUUACUUGAAACAAGUGAAUUUUUAUCAGAAGAAGGUCAAGAAAGAUUCUGGAAUUUUAUUGAAGCAAGUCAAAAUAUUAAAUCAUCUCAACGUGAUGGUAGUGAUUACUCCUCUUACCAUGAAAUGCUGAAAGUAGCCUGCCAGAAUCUGUCACCUUUGCAGCAGAAUUUGUUGAAGUUUUCCUUAUCGUUACGUUCUUACUCUGCAACAGUUCAAGCUUUUCAACAGAUAGCAGCAGAUGAACCCCCACCAAAGGGUUGUAUCCUCUUCUUUGCUGUGCAUGGAGAGAAGACAUGUGAAUUUGACUCUCUUAGAAACCUUUUACAGACAGCUUCAGAAAGGCCAAAGCCAUUUUUGUUUAAAGGGGAUCACAGGUACCCAGUUUCAAACCCUGAAAGUCCUGUCGUCAUACUUUAUGCUGAGAUUGGCUCAGCGGAAUUCUACAGAUUCCACAAACGGCUUGUUUUAAAGGCCGAGGCAGGAGAAAUCACUUAUGUCCUCAGGCACUAUGUUGCUAAUCCCAGUAAAGAAAAAGUCUACCUCUCUGGGUAUGGUGUGGAACUGGCCAUUAAGAGUACAGAAUAUAAGGCCAAGGAUGACACCCAGGUGAAAGGUACAGAUGUAAAUGCUACAGUAAUAGAUGAAAAUGACCCCAUUGAUGAAGUGCAAGGAUUUCUCUUUGGAAAACUAAGGCAGCUGUAUCCUGACUUGACAGAGGAGUUGAAAGAGCUUAGAAAACACCUUGUGGAAAGCACCAAUGAAAUGGCGCCUUUGAAAGUAUGGCAGUUACAAGAUUUAAGUUUUCAAACUGCUGCCCGCAUUUUGGCUGCUCCCCCUAUGGAUGCUUUGAUGGUCAUGAAGGAUCUCAGUCAGAACUUCCCUACAAAGGCCAGAGCAAUAACAAAAACGGUUGUUUCCUCAGAACUCAGGACAGAAAUUGAAGAGAACCAAAAGUAUUUCAAAGGAACAUUAGGAUUACAGCCAGGAGAUUCUGCCCUGUUCAUCAAUGGACUACAUAUUGAUUUAGACACUCAGGACAUAUUUAGCUUGAUUGAUGUGUUACGCAAUGAAGCCCGUGUUAUGGAAGGCCUGCACAGCUUAGGAAUUGAGGGUCUUUCCUUGCACAAUGUUCUGAAGUUGAACAUCCAGCCAUCAGAUUCAGACUAUGCUGUGGACAUCAGAAGCCCUGCUAUUUCAUGGAUCAACAAUCUUGAGGUUGACAGCCGGUAUAAUUCCUGGCCUUCCAAUGUGCAAGAAUUGCUGCGUCCUACAUUUCCAGGGGUGAUCAGACAAAUCAGGAAAAACUUCCAUAAUUUUGUGCUCAUCGUGGAUCCUACUCAUGAGACUACAGCAGAAUUGUUUAACGUGGCAGAGAUGUUCUUCAGUAACCAUAUCCCACUGAGGAUAGGACUAGUCUUUGUGGUUAAUGACUCAGAAGAUGUUGAUGGACUUCAGGAUCCUGGUGUUGCCCUUCUUAGGGCAUACAAUUAUGUGGCACAAGAAAUGGAUAAUAAUUACGCUUUCCAGGCAGUCAUGUCUAUAUAUAACAAAGUAAAAACAGGAGAUCAGCUGAGAGUUGAGCAUGUGGUUAGUGUCCUUGAGAAACAGUAUCCUUAUGUGGAAGUGAACAGCAUUCUGGGAAUUGAUUCUGCCUAUGAUCAAAACAGAAAGGCAGCAAGAGGUUACUAUGAGCAGACGGGUGUAGGUCCUCUCCCUGUUGUGCUGUUCAAUGGGAUGCCUUUUCAAAAAGAUCAGCUGGAUCCUGAUGACCUAGAAACCGUGACAAUGCACAAAAUCCUGGAAACCACAAGCCUCUUCCAGCGAGCCGUGUACUUGGGCGAAUUAUCUAAUGAUCAAGAUGUAGUUGAAUACAUCAUGAACCAGCCUAAUGUUGUUCCCAGAAUCAAUUCAAGGAUCUUAAUGUCUGACAGAGAGUACUUAGAUUUGACGGCAAUGAAUAACUUCUAUGUGGAUGACUUUGCUAGGUUCACUACGUUGGAAUCCAAAGACAAGACAGCUGCUGUGGCAAACAGCAUGACCUACUUAACAAAGAAAGGAAUGUCUUCCAAGGAAAUCUAUGAUGAUUCUUUUGUUAGACCAGUUACUUUCUGGAUUGUUGGUGAUUUUGAUAAACCUUCAGGGAGGCAAUUGUUGUAUGAUGCAAUUAAACAUCAGAAAUCCAGCAAUAACGUCCGAAUUAGCAUGAUUAAUAACCCCAGUGAAGAUCCAAACAGCAAGAAUACGCUUGUUGCUAAGGCCAUAUGGGCAGCUCUGCAGACACAAACUUCAAAUAAUGCCAAGAAUUUCAUCACCAAAAUGGCAAAGGAAGAAAUUGCAAAGGCACUUGAGGCAGGAGCUGACAUCUUAGAAUUUGCAGUUGGGGGUAUGGAUAUCAAUAUUUUCAAAGAAGCCUAUGAAUCUCCCAAAGUGGAUUUUAUUCUGUCCCAUGCUGUAUACUGCAGAGAUGUUCUGAAGCUGAAGAAGGGGCAGAGGGCUGUGAUCAGCAAUGGAAGGAUUAUUGGCCCAUUAGAGGAUGGUGAGAUGUUUAAUCAGGAUGAUUUCCACCUCCUUGAGAAUAUCAUACUGAAGACAUCAGGACAGAAAAUCAAAUCCCAGAUUCAGCAGCUGGGAUUUGAGGAAGAUCUUGCAAGUGACUUGGUAAUGAAAGUGGACGCUCUUCUCUCUGCUCAACCAAAAGGAGAGGCAAGGAUUGAAUAUCAUUUUUUUGAAGAACGAUACAGCGCAGUUAAAUUGAGACCAAAAGAGGGUGAGACAUACUUUGAUGUUGUGGCUAUUGUUGACCCUGUCACCAGAGAAGCUCAAAGACUUGCUCCAUUACUUCUGGUUUUGAACCAAUUGAUAAAUAUGAACCUAAGAGUGUUUAUGAACUGCCAGUCCAAACUUUCUGACAUGCCUCUCAAAAGCUUUUAUCGUUAUGUUCUGGAGCCAGAGAUUUCUUUCACAGCAGAUAACAACUUUGCUUCUGGACCAAUUGCCAAGUUUUUGGAUAUGCCUCAGUCCCCGCUGUUCACUUUGAACCUAAAUACUCCUGAGAGCUGGAUGGUGGAAUCUGUUAGAACCCCAUAUGACCUUGAUAACAUUUACUUGGAGGAGGUGGAUAAUGUUGUAGCUGCAGAAUAUGAAUUGGAGUAUCUGCUUCUGGAAGGACACUGCUAUGAUAUUACUACUGGACAGCCACCUCGGGGACUCCAGUUUACACUGGGAACUUCAACCAGUCCUGUCAUUGUUGAUACCAUUGUUAUGGCCAACUUGGGUUACUUCCAGCUAAAAGCCAAUCCUGGUGCAUGGACUCUAAGACUCAGAAAGGGCAGGUCUGAGGAUAUCUACAGAAUCUACAGCCAUGAUGGUACAGACUCUCCCCCUGAAGCUAAUGAAGUUAUUGUUGUUCUCAACAACUUCAAGAGCAAAAUUAUUAAAGUGAAGGUUCAGAAAAAACUGGACAUGAUGAAUGAAGAUUUACUAAGUGAUGGUACCAAUGAGAAUGAAUCUGGAUUUUGGGAAUCUCUCAAAUGGGGAUUCACAGGAGGACAAAAGAAUGAAGAUGUGAAACAGGAUAAAGAUGAUGUACUAAAUAUAUUCUCUGUGGCUUCAGGACACCUAUAUGAAAGAUUCCUCCGCAUAAUGAUGUUGUCUGUGCUGAAACACACUAAGACUCCUUUAAAAUUUUGGUUUCUGAAGAAUUACUUAUCACCUACGUUCAAGGAGUUCAUACCGUACAUGGCAGAGAAGUACAAUUUCCAGUAUGAGCUUGUCCAGUAUAAAUGGCCACGAUGGCUUCAUCAGCAAACAGAGAAGCAGCGUAUCAUCUGGGGUUACAAGAUCCUCUUUCUAGAUGUGCUCUUCCCAUUAGCUGUUGAUAAAAUCCUAUUUGUGGAUGCUGAUCAGAUUGUGCGCACAGAUCUAAAGGAAUUAAGAGAUUUCAAUCUAGAGGGUGCUCCUUAUGGAUAUACUCCAUUCUGUGAUAGUCGAAGAGAAAUGGAUGGCUACAGAUUCUGGAAAUCGGGAUACUGGGCAAGUCACUUAGCUGGAAGAAAAUAUCAUAUCAGUGCUCUGUAUGUUGUGGAUCUGAAGAAGUUCAGAAAGAUAGCAGCUGGAGACCGACUCAGAGGACAAUAUCAGGGUCUUAGUCAGGAUCCUAACAGUCUGUCUAACCUUGAUCAGGAUUUGCCUAACAACAUGAUCCACCAGGUGCCCAUUAAAUCACUCCCACAGGAGUGGCUUUGGUGUGAAACAUGGUGUGAUGAUUCCUCAAAGAAGAGAGCAAAAACCAUUGAUCUGUGUAAUAACCCAAUGACCAAAGAGCCCAAGCUGCAGGCAGCAAUGCGUAUAGUUCCAGAAUGGCAGGACUAUGAUCAAGAAAUCAAACAGCUCCAUAGUCGCUUCCAGAAAGAAAAAGAAACAGGAACACCAGCUAAGAUGACAGGACAGCACACACAAGAUCCAGCAGCACAUGUGGAAUUAUGAUCCAUGGAGGGGGAAAAAAAGUCAAAUUAGACUGUUUCAUAGACAAUUUUUAUAUUGAAAGCUAGUUUUUUUCUGGUAUGUCUGCAAAACUGCUGAAUAAUUGAAUGGGAUGAUGUAUGCAUUUUUAUUACUUGCCUUUGGGUUAAUUUCUGCAUAUGAAAUAGGAUCUGGAUUGCUGGAAUUAGCAUUACUGUUUUUUGCACCUGUGGUGGAAAUGAAAGAGUCCAUGAUGGAAUUUAGCAUUUCAGAAACAAGACUUCAAAAUCCACUGGAAAAGCUGCAGCCUGUUCCUCCAGCUGUCGCUACCUCCACCCCGAUCAAGAUUCUAUUAGCCUCAGCUCUAACUUGAGAGAGCCUGGAAAACGCAGACCCACUGAGCAGUUGGCUAGAACGUAAGUCCUUACCUCAACUGAUGGAGAUGGUUUUCCAGCUAACAGUAAGGCUCAGAUUCAUGCCUUAAAUUGGGAUAACGUUUCAUCUGCAAGUUUUCAAAAUGGUCAAGAAUGCUUGUCAGAUUUGUUCCGUGUGCCCCUUUUUUGUAAUAAAUCUACCACUACUUAGCAUUACUUAGUGUGAAACUACCACAGUCUAUUCAAAUGACCGUCAUCUAAGCUUGCAAAAUGAGCAGAGUGUUGAAGUUGACAGUUCAGUUUAUCCUAGGCCCUCUGACUUGAAACAAGACUGCCCUCCUUCCUUCCCCCUCAAAGUCUAAAUCAAUCUGCAAAAGUGGUAGGGCCUUACUAUUGCUGUAGUUCACUGAUUCAUGAAUGUGUUUUGUUUAGAAAAAUCUGUGGAAGCUUGGAAGAUUAUCAUGUAAAUUUCAUUAACUUUAUUUUUCCUCAGAGGUGUUGUCACAUCAAUAAAAACUUUGGAGUUCUUAGGUCUUAAGCUCUAGUUCACACUCAGUCCUUUGCUCUUCCUUUUUGCUUGCACAUAGUACAGUCCUAAUGGGACUUUUGGGUCUCUGAACACUUUACCUGCAUUUGUUUUUACUUAAUGCACAGACAAAACCUUUUGCUCCAAGGAUUAAUUACCUUGGGCUACUUCAAUAAUUCUCACUCAUGUCUUAAUUUUUAAAGAAGAUACUGCAAUAGUUCCAUUCUAUGAACACAGAUUAAAAAAAAAAACCACCUAAGACCCUCUUCCCUUCUCCUUUCCCCUCACUCUACAUGAUUACUGCCUGCUAUCUAGAACACUGAGAAGAGUUAACAUUGGAAUACUUCUUUAGUUAUAUAUUUUAAAGAAAAGUGAAAUCCAGACUGGAGGCUAGUUUAUUUCAACUCCUCAUGUUUUUCUACAGGUAAGUGUUCUGUGCCGUAAGGGUUUCCCACUAAAGAUAAUCCUGAGUUAAGAUGAUCUAGAAUUAUUACAUACAUACAUACAUCAGAUAAAUGGUUGAGAGAUCUGAUAGUGGUUGCAGUAUUCAAACUAUUCAUAGGGCAAUGCUAGUACUAAGCAGCUCUUCGGCCAGCUCAGAGGAACACCCAAACCUCCUAAACUGAAUUCAUGAAGAGCACAUUAAAAGAAACAGCCAGGGUCCCUUAAAUGCACGUUACUGACCUUGUCAACAGCGCCAGUAAACUAAUCAGUGACACUGCACAUACUUAGAUACCAGAAGUGGGUGGCUCUAGAAAGGUAGAGGAAAGGGCAGUUCAUAUCUCCCCUUCUCUAGAGAGCAAAGCUAUGCAAACAUGAGGGGCUGGAUUUCAAGCCAUGAACUUACUGAGUAUGAAUUAUCAGAUUGGUAUUUUCCACUUUGUCUGUAGAUACUUAAAUUCAAAUAGUCUCCCUGAUACUCUGCAACUAACAAGUGGCUGAUGCUUCCUGUCAAAACAGUGCUAGUUAAGGCUCAGCAGACUUAUAGUAGAAGGAAUUUUUCCAGUGUAAGAAGCAAUAAUGUAGCUGUCAAAUUAAACUGUCAUUACAUACUAUGUUAAUUAGCCCCUUUUUAAGCAGAUGUAAACAACACAUGUAAGACUACUUUUUCCUCUGUUCAGCUCUCAACCACUUCUGCCUCGCUGGAGCAUGCAGAAUGGCACGCGAUCAGGUGGGCAGCAGCUGUACCCAACAGUUUCAUCCAGGGAUGGCCCAGGGCAGCAGAGGAAGAUUACUUAGGACAGUGCUUGGGUGGGGGAAAGUCUGCCCAGGCCUUCAGAACAAGAAAAGUGCAAGUUUUCUGCACAAGACUCUCCCCUAUCUAAAGCAGUAUUUGGCUUCAGCUUUUUUUCCCCAAAUAUUAUUAGUAGCCAGAAGAUUCAGAAUAAAGUAGCCUGUCAAAGUCUGCACAAUAUUUACAAUGCCUUGUUUGGAAUUGUAUAGAAAGAGAAUUUUUAAAAAAAACUAAAUGUGUCAAUUACAGAUUUUUUUUUUAAUUAUGCUCUUCUCACUUCAUUUUAUAGUUCAAGUAUGCACUUCACCCAUACCCCACUUUUUUUUUCUGAAUUUUAAAAUUUAGCAAGCUCUUUCUCCUGUCAUUUGUUCUCUCUCGCUAACAGAGACCAUGCUCUUGUUCAGCUCUGCUAAUCUAACCCAUAACUGAUACAGAAACAAACCAGAAACAUACACAUCAUGAGACUUUGUACCUAAUACUCCUUUUGUAGUACCCUGUAAGAGUCCUGUACCUAUUCUCAAGUACAUUAUAAAAUGCAUGUGGUACUAAUCAUUCUGAAUAUGAAAUACCAGAGUUUUUCUGGGAACCACUAUUUAUUUGUGCAAAAGAAGAACAAUCAUAUAGCAGCCAGCCUAAAGAGGAGACUAUGCACUUAUUUCGGAUCGGUGGGUACCCUUGUCUGUAGUCCUUAACUAGGCCUUGAAAGAAAAUCUUUAGAGAGCUGCAUCUGGAAAGCACCUUGGAGUUAAGACUAUUACCGAAAUAGAGCCACUUCUGAUCAUACUGCUGGUGGCCUGUGUUCCUGUAAGCCAGUAAGACUGAUACGAAAGACAGGAAAUUGUGAUUAAAGAGGUUGUAACACAAUUUUAGAUCCCCGGUUGGUCUAGAAAGGCCAUGUCUUUAGUAAAGUGAUGGCUCUGGUCCAGAUGCUCUGAUAUAACAGGCUUGUGGAAGUUAUGUUGGUCAAAAGGUCACAUGGCAAGAAAAGAAACAGUACUUUAUUUUAAAAGGAAGAUUUCACUGCCUUACUUUCCAGAAAACAGAGAAGUAUGAAGUAUGUUCUUAAGAUUACUCUUUCAUUUAGCUGUUGGGGGGGGAUUUGCUGUAAAACAAGGCAAUGAAAGGGGUGGGAUGUGUACAAAGGAGAAAGAAUUUAGUUACAAUCUUAGGAACCAAAACCUUUUUAUAAACUGUUUUGCAUGACCACUUCUUCUGUAAUCUGUUCAGGAAUAUACCAUACCUGAGUGUGGUGCUGAUAGCUAUGGGGAGCUACUUGCUACCAAGUGUUACCUGAAAUGAGAUUACAGUGAAUUUCCCAGUACAGUGACAACAAUAAGAUCUGUCUAACAUAAUAAAGACUUUUCUGUUCUUUA